AUCUCAAUAAUCCAGAAAAAUAUAUAAUCAUCAUAUUAUGGCUUCUAAUUACCAUAUUGCCACUGUCUCUUCUUCCCUGUUUUUCCUACUCCUCCUCGCAUCUUCUUCCAUGGCGUCGCUGGUGCAGCAGCCGCCGCUUGUUCUCAAAUACCACAACGGCGCUCUGCUGAAAGGCACCGUCGCCGUUAAUCUCAUCUGGUACGGGAAGUUCACCGCCGUCCAACGCUCCGUCAUCGUCGAUUUCCUCCAGUCUUUGACCUCCACCAAACCGCCGCAGCCCUCCGUCGCGUCGUGGUGGAAGACGACGGCGAAGUACAAGGGCGGCGCCGGCGCCUCCGCCGUCGUCGUCGGGAAGCAGUUCCUCGACGAGAGUUACUCUCUCGGGAAGUCGCUCAAGAACCCCCACAUCGUCUACCUCGCCGCGAAGGGCGGACGCUCCGGCGGGGCGGUCAACGUGAUCCUGACGGCGGAGGACGUCGCCGUGGAGGGUUUCUGCAUGAGCAGGUGCGGCAGCCACGGCUCGAGCCGGGGGGCGGCGCCCGGCGGCCGGUUCGCGUACGCGUGGGUGGGAAACUCCGGGAGGCAGUGCCCCGGCUACUGCGCGUGGCCGUUCCACCAGCCGCUGUACGGGCCGCAGACGCCGCCGCUGGUGGCGCCGAACGGCGACGUCGGGGUGGACGGGAUGGUGAUCAAUCUGGCGACGGUUCUUGCCGGAGCGGUGACGAACCCGUUCAACAGCGGGUAUUUCCAGGGACCGGCGGCGGCGCCGCUAGAAGCCGUCAGUGCGUGCACGGGGGUGUUCGGGUCGGGCGCGUACCCGGGAUACGCCGGCAGCGUGCUGACGGAUAAGACGAGCGGCGGUGGAUAUAAUGCGCACGGUGUGAACGGGCGGAAGUAUUUGCUGCCGGCGAUGUGGGACCCACAGACAUCUAAAUGUUCAACACUCGUUUGACUUGUUUGGUAAUAUAUGAAGAAAGUAGGGAGAAAAAGGGAAGAAAAGAAAAGGUUUCGGUGGGAGGUUCCAGUGGUUGCUGGUGUACGUAUGUAAAUAUGCGGACGCAGAUGAAAGGGUUUAUGAAGGGGUUUGUGUGGCUUUGUAUGAUUGUACAUUCUCUUUUGAUCAUAAUGCAAAAUGUUAAACAAUUAACAUCAUAAUAAUAAUAUUGUAAGAGUGAAGUGUUAAAUCAAUCUUGAUGUUUUAAAUUUUUA